UCAGUUUAAUGAUCAAUCACGCUAGAAAGGUAAGAGAGUAACGAAGGAUCGAUCAUCGCCAAAGUCAACGAACCGCUCAAAAUAAUGGCUGGAAACUUAGGAUGCGUCGUCGUAUCCGUUGAUGGCAACGAAGGAAGCAUGGACGCCUUACGAUGGGCGCUCGAUAAUGUUAAGCUCCGACCAUCUUCUCCGGACUCUACUCAACCGCCCGGUCACUUCCUCAUCCUCUACGUCCAACCUCCACCGUCCAUCGCUGCUGGCCUCAAUCCCGGCGCCAUCCCCUUCGGCGGGCCCACCCAUCUAGAAGUUCCUGCAUUCACGGCAGCUAUCGAGGCGCAUCAGAAGAGAAUCACUGAUGCGAUCUUGAACCAUGCUCUUCAGAUUUGCGCUGAAAAGAAGGCAAACGUGAAAACUCAAGUUGUGAUUGGGGAUCCAAAGGAAAAAAUUUGUGAAGUAAUUGAAAAUGUGCAUGCUGAUUUGCUUGUGAUGGGUUCCCGAGCUUUUGGCCCUAUUAAAAGAAUGUUUUUGGGAAGUGUAAGCACCUAUUGCGCCAACCAUGCACAAUGCGCUGUUAUGAUUGUAAAGAACAAGGAAGCUUCCUCCAAAUCUUAAGAGUAUUGCUGUUUUCUUUUCUCUAUGAGGUUUGUUUCAGACUUGUCACCAAGACAACUUUGUUAGGAGCUAUGUUACGCUGCGCUGUCAAUAAAUCUAUCCCCUGCAGUGGGGCUUUCGCCAGAAAGUUUCACUAUACCAUUCAUGUAUGUGCCAUUACUUAUUUCAUUGGUUUGGGUGUGUUUGUAUUAUUGCUUGUGGUUUUUCUCAGUUGUUGCUAGUGGUUCUGGCUUAAGUUCCCCUUACCUAUUUGUUAAUCUCCAAGAUGAUCAUUUGUUUAAUUUAUAUGUCUAGGAAUGACCUUUAAUAUCCUUGAAGUUUAAUUUAAAUUGUGCCUUCUUCCC